AGUUUCUUGACAACCGUUGCGCGUGCACUGCAAGUUCGUAUAUGUACAUAUGGUUUCAGUCGUUGCCUAUAAAAUUUAAGCUGUUAUAGGGUCCAAGUUCAAAAUUACCAUAACUUAGAAAAUGGAUUGAACCGUAUAACAAAUCAGAUUAGAAAUGGACGCUGCGGGCAGCAAAGAAAAACAGCUACCAAAUCCACGAGCCACAGCAAAUAUCUUCGAAAUUCUUACAUUCAGCUGGCUUUUAAGCCUCUUUAAAACGGGACAAAAGAGAGAUUUGGAGAGCAAUGAUUUAUACGAUUCACUCAACGAUCACAAGUCAUCAUUAUUAGGACUUGAAAUUGAAAAGAGAUGGAAAAUCGAGAUCGCUAAUGCAAAAAGUACAAAUCGGAAACCUAGUUUAUUGAGAGUUUUAGUUCGAAUGUUUGGUGGAAGUUUUUUGUACUAUGGAUUAGUGCAAAUGUUCAUUGAAGCCAUAUUAAGAAUGACUCAACCUUUACUCAUUGGUGGACUGUUAGCAUAUUUCAACCCCGGUGGAUCCAAAACCAUAAACACUAAACAUGCAUACAUGUAUGCAUUCGGUCUGUUGUUAAACAUAUUAGCUUACACAGUGUUGUUUCAUUAUUCGCAAUUGGAAAUGCUACACAUUGGAAUGAAGAUCCGGGUUGCUUGCUGUUCAACAAUAUAUAAAAAGGCAUUAACAUUAAGUACAACUUCUCUCUGUGAAACGACAGUCGGUCAAGUAGUAAAUUUGAUAUCAAAUGACGUAAACCGAUUCGAUAUGGCAUUAAUAUGUAUACAAUUUUUAUUGAUCGGACCUUUGCAAACUAUUAUAGUCACAUAUUUCUUGUGGCAAGAAAUAGGCGUAUCGUCAAUAAUUGGAGUAACUGUCUUUCUCGCGUUUGUUCCAUUACAAGGAUGGUUGGGGAAGAUUACGUCUGACUAUCGGUCAAAAAUCGCACCAAGGACGGACGAAAGAGUAAGAAUAAUGAACGAAAUAAUAUCAGGCAUACAAGUGAUUAAGAUGUACACAUGGGAGAAACCUUUUGCAUUGCUUGUACAAUAUGCAAGAAAGAUGGAAAUCGAACAGAUCAGAGGAACAUCGUGGAUUAGAGUUUUUUUUCAAUCAUUCAGAAUAUUUCAUAUUAGAUUUGCUUUGUUUACAUCCAUUUUAUCAUAUGUAUUAUUAGGAAGUUACAUUAACACGCAACAAGUUAAACCGUUGGCCUCUCUGACCGACAACAAUAUCAUUCCAGUUUAUCUAUAAUAUUUGGACCGACACGCGACAUGCUGUCCACCUUCAAAUAUUUUUCAACCAACAUUGGCUUAUAUAUUUACAUAAAAAAAGUAUAACAUAAUUUUGCACAAUGGUGCAUAGUCUUCCGGGCACAAAGUGGCCAAUAUUGCAGCCGGAUCGACGCUAACGUUGCUUGUGGCCUGUGGGCGACCAUGUAAUAAAUGCUCAUGCAGCAUGCUCCCAUUGAAACAACAAAAUUACAAUAUAAGUCUUUUGGUAAUGCUAUGAGUUGCCGUAAACCCAUGUAAUUAUUUUUCAAAAUGGUCCUUUUGAACUCUAAUUAUAAGUUACAAAUUUGCACUAUAUUGUAACUCAGUUGGUGUGAAAACUCUGCACCCUGAUAUUUUUGGUUUUUUCAUUUUAUUAUAAAAAUUCACGCAAUACGCGGCAAUUCAUAUUAUU